GCUUCGUACCCGGAAGUUGUUGUUCGCCGCGAAAUAUCAACUAUCACGGUUCAACCUCAAACCGGUGAAAAUGUCUUUGAAAACGUUUUUUCAGCAAUGAAAUCGCUUCCGCAGGACUAACUCACGACAGUUGAAUGGAUGGAGAUUUAAUAUAUAUGUCAGUCGUGUGGAGUGGUUGUAAUGCAGCGGAGUAAAGUGUCUGUGAGUGUGGAAGUGAAGCAGGUGAUCGGAACUUUGUGCAGACUGCUAGAGGCUACCGGCCUUAGCGCUGUCCCUGCACCGGAAACUUUCAGACGGGCAAAAUUCGGCGAUGGACUCGAAGUGGAAAGUCAGUUUUGGCAGCUCCUCUUCGACAUCCUUCACAGAAGUGGCAUUGUGUACUGUAAAUCCAGCACACAGUCAAGGGGAGGCUCAGAGCACAGGAAGCUGGUGGUUGCAGGCCUUUGGCAAACGGGUUAUCAUGCUGACUGGAUGUAUGAGAGGGAGGCUGGAGAAGAAGAGGAGGGAAGGAGUUUAUCCAGCAAAAAUCUCCUCUUGGCACUAGGCUGGCUGCUUGCUACAGGAACACUAGAGAAAUUGCUGGCGCAGCGAGUUCAGCAACUAGACCAAACACUACUCACUUCUGUGCCUGAGAACACUCAGGUUGCGUGUAGGCUCCAGUUUGACAUGGCCUCACUGCGGAGACUUCAGUGGCUCGUUGGCUGUCUGAAACACCAGGGGAAGACCCUCAUGUCCAUGUUAGAAGAGCGAACUCGGUUGCUUCAUGCUGUUUUGUCUGUCAGCCUUCCGUCCACUGUUUCUUCCUGGUCUGAUCAAAGCUCCACAGCACUAAGUGAUGACUGUGUUCGGAUGCAGCAACUCUGUGACCUCCUAGAAUCAUAUCUGAACUGGAAACCAGUGGAGAAAGUCUUUUGGACCUGGAUGGACAGUGUUGUGGACUGGCAUUUUAAAGAUCCUGUUGUCAAGGAGCCUCUGCAUCCACCCAAUGUGAGCACAAGAAAGUGUCACCAUGGAAACCAGGGGUUGGAAAAAUUAGAGGACAUGCUGCUGAGACUGCCCACAGCACAGAAAGGGCAGAGGAGAGGUAGAGGGGAUGGCGAGGUCAGAGGAGGAGAGAGGCUGCAGGGUGGAAUGGACACCUCCUCUCUUCUCCUUUCUCUCUCAUCCCUGCCCCCUUACUCCCAGGCCCACCGAGCCAGCCUCCAGGCUGUCAGGACAGUCAAACACAGCAGCUACCCAGCAGAGGGGCUUUAUGGCAGGGCCUCAACUCCAGGCGUGCUCCCAUCAUCUGAGGCUGCACAGCUACUUCUUCAGACAGUGCUGGAGAGGAGGGACAGGCAGCGACUGGCCAACAGGAUGCAGCUGCAGGAAAGAAUUGGCAGGGUGGAAGAACUGGUGUUGAUACCACCAUAG